GGCCGCUCCUUGACCGCCGCCGCCGCCGCCACCGGCCGGAACCGGCGCGCCGCUGCCCCCCCCGCACAUGCGCAUUGCGGCGCUCGCCCGUAGGCCCGGGCCUUCCACCAGCCCGGGCCCGGGGCGCCUGGCCUGGGCGGCCGCCGCACGGCGGGAGGCCAUGGGCAGGACGAUCAACUCAUAUGUAGAGUGUUGUGAGUCUCUGAAGCACCUUAGCAGUUUGUUUCCCUCUUCCUAGAAGGCCAGGUCUCCCAGGAAAACCUCACUUGUCUUGGCACAAGAAUUAAGUGGCCUCAGGACCGGCAGUGGAUUCCUGACCUCCUGCUGAGUGGCUGCAGCACCCUUAAAAUGUCCCAAAGGGAGAAAGAAACCAGUGGCUGUCUUUGAAAGGCUGUUUGCCAUGGGAGGCAGGGACAGGGAGAGCAAGGGGAGGUCUCUUCCCUCCUGGAAACUCAGCAAAGAGUUAGCGUUCCCGGGCUGUUGGAGCUCUCCCAUGUUCAUGGAUAAUAUUUGAUAUGUGCCCUGUAAAUCCUGCCCUGGGACUCGGUGACCGGUGGGGUGCCUGAUGCCGGUAAUCCCCAUUCCCCGCCGGGUCCGCUCGUUCCACGGCCCCCACACGACCUGCCUGCACUCGGCCUGUGGCCCGGUGAGGACCACUCACUUGGUGCGUACCAAGUACAACAAUUUCGACAUCUAUCUCAAAUCCCGAUGGAUGUAUGGAUUCAUCCGUUUCCUGCUGUACUUCAGCUGCAGCCUGUUUACCUCCAUCCUCUGGGUGGCACUCUCUAUCUUGUUUUGCCUUCAGUACCUUGGCAUCCGGAUCUUUCUGCGUUUCCAGUACAAACUCUCCAUCAUCCUCCUCUUACUGGGGCGAAGGCGUGUAGACUUCAGCCUCAUGAAUGAACUGCUCAUCUAUGGGAUUCAUGUGACCAUGCUGCUAGUGGGGGGGCUGGGAUGGUGUUUCAUGGUAUUUGUGGAUAUGUAAAUAAAACAAGCGCAUGUGGGCUCAGAA